AUGUCCAACAAGAAAGAAGGAGAGUUUCCUUCACUACCACAACAAGAGAGAUCCUACAAACAGAUUGGAGAUGCUAUUGGACACAUCCCUGUAAAAUUUGCAAAGAAAAAGGGAGGAGGAACAUCGGGUCAUCAAUUCUACAGCCACAAGCCCUCGAAUCAAAGCUCUCAACAUUCGCAACCACAAUUACAUAGGAAUGAUCUUUCCGAUAAAGCGUAUGAAAAUUUAAGUCGUAUCAACAAAGCCUUUGAAUUUGGAAAUUUGUUGAAGAACAACAAAGUUCUCACCAACUGCACUUGUUGUGGAAAAAUCAUCACGGCUGAAGAAGGCUUUGGUCCAUGCUCUUUUUGUCAAACGAAUAUAACACCAGAAGCUGUAACACAAUAUUAUAAUUCAGCUGAUGAUUUUAAUAUUUCUAAAAACAAGAAGGGAAACGAAGAUUAUUUAAAAGCAUUGGAAUUGCGAAAUCGAUUGUUACGAUGGGAUGAAAAUUAUUCACAAACAACAGCCGUCAUUGAUGAGCAAGCUGCCGAGUAUGGUAACUCUUCUACAUCAAAAGAUAUUUGGCUUUCUGAUUCAGAAAAGAAACAACGUGAGAAAAUUGAAGAAAGAAUUAAAGAGUUGAAGGAACAAUUGAAAAACAGAAGCGGCCCUCUGAAGUACACUUUUGAUUUUGCUGGAAAAAGAAUUCUGUUGGAUGAAUCUCAUCAAAUCGAAACACAAAAGGAAAUUGACAGAUUAAUGGAAAGUCUCAAGGUGGCAACACCAAAGAAUAAUACUUCUCAAAUGGAAAAUGUUAUCACGAGAGAAGGAUCAUCUGUUGGAACCCAAAGAUCUGCAUUAUUAGAUGUCACCAAGCUCAAAUAUAUUGAAUCAAAGGAAAAAAAGAACAAGCUAACCGUGAUCCCGGUUGUUGAAGGCAAAUCUGGUGGAGUUGUACAAAAUCAAUAUUAUAUUGAAGAUGAUGAGCCAGCAUGUGACAUGUCUUCUUCUGAUAGCACCACAUGUCAAGGAGGAACAUCAGAUACGGUGGAUGGGCUUGAACCUAUCAUUCAAUAUUGUGAACCAAUAAGCACACAUGAGGAUGAUCAAGGUUUUUGCCUCUCCAUGCAUCAACCUUGGUGUUCACUUCUUGUUUAUGGCAUUAAAAGACACGAAGGGAGAUCAUGGAAUACAGCUCAUCGAGGACGGUUGUGGAUUGCAAGUACAGCUGAACAACCAACUGAUGAAAGCAUUCAAGAACUUGAGACGUACUACAAGACCAAUUUUAAUAGAAUGCAAGGUUAUCCCAAACACUAUCCGACAAGUGUCAUUGUAGGUUGUGUGGACGUAAUUGAUUGUGUGUCGAGUGAGGAAUACCGAGAACGGUUCCCGAGUGAGGAACAAGAAUCUGACUCUGAUUACGUAUUUAUUUGUGCCAACCCUCGUAGACUCUUUCUUCCUUAUCCCAUUUCAGGAAAGCCCAAGAUUUACAAGUUGACCAAGGAACAACUAGAAGCUUGUCAACUUGGUCUUAAACCUUUACCCUCAUCGUCCUCACAUAAAUAG